GCGACAGAAUCUGCCAGCAGCCCAGCACCCAGACUCUCGCCUCGCCCCGUGCUCGCUCGCGGUUGGUGGUAGUAGUAGGGUUCUAGGCUUCUAGCCAUGGCGUGGAGCGCCGCCGCCGUCUCCAGGUUCGCCGCCGCCUCCCCGGCCGCGGCGCCCGUCCCCGCCAGGCUCGGCGCCGCCGCCUCCUCGCUCUCCUUCGCCGGGGCGCGCGGCCGCCGCUUCGGCCCCGUCGCCGCGUCCCUCUCGACCUCCGCGACCGCUUUAAAGGAGGCUGUUCAGACAGAGAAGGCACCGGCUGCGCUUGGCCCUUAUUCCCAGGCCAUCAAUGCAAACAAUCUUGUGUUUGUUUCUGGAGUUCUUGGCCUGAAUCCUGAGACCGGGAAGUUUGUCUCUGAAAACGUUGAGGACCAAACUGAGCAGAUUAUGAAGAACAUGGGUGAAAUAUUAAAAGCAAGUGGCGCUAGCUAUGCUUCAGUGGUGAAGACAACAAUCAUGUUGGCUGAUCUGCAGGAUUUCAAGAAAGUGAACGAGAUCUAUGGCAAAUACUUCCCAGCUCCUGCACCUGCUCGCUCAACCUAUCAAGUGGCAGCGCUGCCUCUAAACGCCAGGAUUGAGAUCGAGUGCAUCGCCGCUCUCUGAGCAUAUCAUUCGACCAGCCAUCGAACCAUCAAUAAGCAUUCCAACCCUGUCGAUGUAGUUGUUCUCUUUCCUGGGAUGCACUACUCUUAGGAAUUUAUGGUACAAGUGCUUAGUGUCGCCCAUGAGAGAUCUUUGUACCAAUUCAGAUCUUGAAAAACUGGCUACAAUAAACGUUGGAUAAGUGUAGUGGCUUCGGUCACCUCGCUUUCCGUGUGAUCCAUGCUAAUGUUUUUUCUAAUGAUCCUGCUGUUCAAAAGAUGAGGUUCUGUUUUUUUCCCUGUACGACUAUCAAAGCGACUUGCAACAUACACACAGUUUUCUC